CUCUCAGAGAGUUUGUUUCUUCACCACACUCCAGCCAUGGCACUGGUGAGAGCAGCUCAGCAAACCUCCUCUUCUAAUGCUCGUCGACAUUGUCUUUAUCACGUGUUCCUGAGUUUCAGAGGCGAAGACACUCGCAAGACUUUCACUGACCACCUCUACACAGCCUUGGUCAACGCCCGAUUUCACACUUUCCGAGACGACGAUGAGCUUGAGAGAGGAGAAGAGAUUAAGCCCGAACUGGAGAAAGCAAUCAAAAACUCUCGAAGUUCUGUUAUUGUGUUUUCGAAAGACUAUGCGUCGUCCAGAUGGUGCCUCGACGAGCUUGUGGUGAUCCUUGAACACAAGAGGACCUCAGAUGACCAUGUCGUUUUACCUGUUUUCUACGACGUGGAUCCAUCCCAUGUAAGGAAGCAGACAGGAAGUCUUGCAAAGGCAUUUGCUAGACACGAAAAAACUCAACCGCUGGAGAAGUUGAAGGAAUGGAGGGAUGCACUUGCAAAAGUUGCGGAUCUGGCAGGGAUGGUCUUGCAAAAUCAAGCUCAUGGGUACGAGGCAAAGUUUAUCAAGAAAAUAGUUAAGGUAAUCGGAGAAAAACUGAGUCGCACACCCUUAAAUGUUGACCGCAACAUGAUUGGAAUGCAAUAUCGAGUGCAAAAUAUCAACUUAUGGUUACAGCAUGGAUCAACUGAUGAUGUUGGCAUACUUGUAAUAUAUGGGAUAAGUGGAAUAGGGAAGACAACCAUUGCAAAGCAUGUUUAUAACUCAAACUUCCAAAAAUUUGAAGGAAGCAGCUUCCUUGAAAACAUCAAAGAAAUUUCACAGCAACCCAAUGGCUUAGUUCAAAUACAAACGCAACUUCUUUAUGAUAUUUUGAAUGGGACAGAAGUGAAAAUACACGGUGUUAGUCAAGGAAUAACUGAGAUUGAAAAAGCCAUAAGUUCUAAACGGGUUCUCCUUGUUCUCGAUGAUGUAGAUCAUGUGGACCAAUUAAAUGCAGUACAUCUGAUGAAAGAUCGAUUUUGUCCAGGAAGUAAAAUCAUCGUAACAACUAGGCAUCGAGGAUUGUUAGAGGCUCAUCAAUUUAUUACUGAGGUGCAUGCUGUUAAAACUUUGGAUCAUAUAGAAUCUUUGGAGCUCUUAAGUUGGCAUGCUUUUGGCCAGGACCAUCCGCUUGAAGAUUACACAGAGUAUUCAAAAAAGCUAGUGGACCAUUGCGGAGGACUUCCGUUAGCUCUUAAAGUUUUAGGGUCUUCUCUAUUUGGGAAAAGUAUAUAUAUAUGGAAAAGUGCACUGAAGAAGUUGGAAGAUAUUCCAAAUGGUGAAAUAAUAAGGAAACUAAGAGUAAGCUACGACUCUUUGCAAGAUGACCAUGACCAAAAAUUAUUCCUCCACAUUGCUUGUUUCUUUAUUGGAAAGGACAAAGAUUGCAUUGUUACAAUACUAGAUGGAUGUGAUUUCCAUACACUUGUCACUAUUGAAUAUCUCAUCCAUAGGUGUUUGGUAACAAUCGAUGAACAUGACAAGGUGCAGAUGCAUGACUUGAUUCGUGGAAUGGGAAGAGAAAUUGUUCGUCUAGAAUCAGAGAAGCUUUGCAAGCGUAGUAGAGUAUGGCGUCAUCGAGAUUCCUUUGAAAUCCUGACAAAAAAGAAUGGUACAAGAAAAAUUGAAGGUCUUGUCCUGGACAUGCAUAUGCUCCCCACACAGAGUCUCAUAAACUCAAAUGAGGAAGUCAUUGAAACCAACGCAUUUGCAAGGAUGCCAGAACUGAAACUACUCCAUCUUAGUCACGUACAACUCGACGGAUGUUAUGCAGAAUUUUGUACAGGAAUAAGAUGGAUGUGUUGGACAAAAUUUUCUUUGGAUUCUAUACCCUUUGAUUUUCCUUUGGGGAGCCUAAUUGUUCUUGAAAUGCAAUACAGUGGCUUGAGACAAAUCUGUGAAGGAGCUAAACGUCUUCCGUUAUUGAAGAUCCUUGAUCUCAGCCACUCUCAUAGCCUUACUAAUACUACUGACUUCUCAUGUUGCCCCAAUCUUGAGAAAUUGGUUCUUGUAGAUUGUGAAAGCCUGAUUGGUGUCAAUGAAUCCAUUGGAAGCCUAGAGAGACUUGUUUACUUGAGUUUGAGGGACUGCAAAAAUCUUAAGAUGCUUCCUAAGAAUAUCGUAAUGCUAAAGUCACUUGAAACACUUAUUGUAUCUGGUUGCACAAAUCUUAAUCAGUUAUCAAUUGAGAUGUUGAGGAACAUGGCUCUGAAAGUCCUUGGGAUAGAUGGAAUACCAUUAGGUGAAUUCUGGCCGGGAAGAAGUUUAUCUAUCUUGAGUUGUUUACCAUGCUCUUUAGUAGACUUAAGUCUUGAGGGGUGCAGUCUUUUAGAUGGUGUCUUUCCUAGGGAUUUUAGUAGUCUAUCCUCAUUGCGAAGACUAAAUCUAGCGAACAAUCCAAUUUGUAGUCUACCAAAUUGCAUCGGAGGUUUAGAGGGGCUCAUUGAUCUCUCUUUUUCCUGCUGUGCAAAUCUCGAAUCGCUGGUGGGGUUACCAAAAGUACAUCAUCUGGAUCUGGGGUGUUGUGUAUCAUUAAAAAAAAUAACAUAUAAAUCCUCUGAGUUCAAAUCUCACAUUACCAGUGGUUUUGACAACCACAAACUAGUUGAGUGGGAAUAUAACUACAAGUUAGAACCCAUUGGAAGAGUUGAUGUAGACAUGAUCAACCUUUUGGGCUUGUGCAACUUGGAAUCCAUGGCGCCAAUUUGGAUUCGAAAACCGUACAAUUCUGAAAUUGUUGCUGAAUUGAGUCCUGUCCAGGGACUGUACGAGCGUGGUAUAUUCACCACAUUUUUUGCUGGGAAUGAGGUUCCAGGCCAAUUCAUCCAUAAAACUAAAGGGUCCUCAUUAUCUUUUACGGUUCCUUCACUUGAUAAUCACAGAAUUGGAGGCUUGAAGGUCUUUAGUGUCUAUACAAAACGUGCCAAUGAUUCUCCUUGGGCUUUACCCGGGCCAAUGAUUACUAGAGUCACAAAUAAGAGUAAGGAUAUCAAGUUAAUCUAUGCCCCAUCACACUGCGGCAUUCCAGCUGAAGGAGAAGACAUGAUAUGGUUAAGCCAUUGGAAGUUGGAGGAGGAGGUUCACGUAGAUGUCGGCGAUAAACUGGUUGUUUCUGUAAUUAUGGAACCUUGGCUUCAGGUAAAGGAGUUUGGCAUCCAGCUUGUGCAACCGCUGCAAAGUACCCAACACCAAACCAUUGCUCCUUAUCAGCAAGGAGUGCCAGGAGUAUACUUGCUCUCACGCAAAAAUGUACCCAUACAAGAUCCGAUUUGGUUCAGUAAGAUCCUUGGGGACUCUGAUGAAGAAGAUAGGACAGACAAAGAAGAAGAGAAAGUACAGGAUGAGCAAACAAUUGCAGCAGCCAUGACAGCCGGCAAUAUUAACUCCAGAGGCCUCCUCCGUGGCUGGAAAGUGCUCAUCACCGCUGCUUGCUUCUUUCUCGUACUUCUCAUAUCAGUCGCUCUUCUUUACUCUCUCACAGAAAGAAGGGACAGUCUAAAAGCUGUGGAUGGAUGAAGUUUUUCUACUUGAUCACAGCCCGGUUGAGUUGUUUUCAGCCAAUUUAUUCAGUCGAUUUUUCCAUUUUACAUGUUGUAAUAAUCGACUCUUAUAUCGAACAUGGGAACCAUGAGAGCGACACUUUUGAGCAUCUGCUGUGGUUAAUUUUUACAUAUUCUAAUUCAAAUCCUUUCUAUUAUUUCUUUCUUAUAUUUAUUAACUUUGUUACAAUAUUUCUUAACUUUUUGGACCCUCCAAUCAUUGUUGAUUGUAAUAUUUUCUAAACGCUAUUCAAGU